GUAUACAAUACCUGUUUGGUGAGUUCUUAGUCUACAAAAAGAUCUUCUAAAUCAUGUUGUUGCGUCAUUUGGACACACAGCCACUCCUCAUAGCUUCUCACACUUGAAAGGAGAAUGUUUCCCUGGUUUCUGUCCACCCUGGUGUUGGCAUCUUGCGUCAUUCUCAGCUCCUCACAACAGAAGAACAAGCAGCCCCAGACCAUCUCUAGAGGCUGGGGAAAAGGCAUCACCUGGGUGGAGACCUAUGAAGAAGGCCUCAGGAAAAUGAAAGAGAACAAUAAGCCACUGAUGGUCAUUCAUCAUAAGGAGGACUGCCCACACAGUAAAUCUCUGAAGAAGCUGUUUGCAGUUGACAAGGCCAUACAGAAAAUGGCAAAACAGGAUUUCAUCAUGGUCAAUCUUGUGGAAGAGACCACGGACUCUAACCUGGCACCUGAUGGUUACUACGUCCCAAGAAUCCUGUUUGUAGAUCCCUCCAUGAAAGUGCGGGCAGACAUCACCAGCAAGUACAGCAACCAUCUCUACACCUACCAGGCCAGCGAUCUCUCAGUCUUGGCCAACAACAUGAAGAAAGCAAAGCUGGUCCUUCACACUGAACUCUGAUUCAGAUGCUUUGCGGUCGGCCAUGUACCAACCAAUAUGCCAAUGUUUACAAAUGUGUUUACAAAGAGUCUAUAGAUGAUCAGUAAAUUGUUGGUCCCUACAACAGUUAAUAAAAAUGAUAAGACCUCA